AUGCAGCAGCUCCGACCACGGCUGCGCAAGCACGGCACCAAACCAGCCUUCAUAUUCAAGGACUUAGAGAAUGCUAAAAGCGUAUUCCUAAGACACGACGCUCCAAGAGGCGCACUCCAAGCACCAUAUGACGGCCCAUACGAAGUAUUAGAGCGACAGGAGAAAACAUACAAGAUCCGCGUAAAAGGACAGCCAAUGAACGUGUCCAUAGACCGCCUGAAACCAGCGUACACGAUCGAGGACGCCACGGAGCAAGCCAGCCAUGCGGAAACACAGCUCACCACAACAACCUGCAAGCGGGCAACUAAACCAAGGCUACGGUCUCCUAACAAAGCGCAGCCAUUGCAGCUACAGCCGUCGCCGCAGCCUCAUCAGCAGCAGCCACCUCAGCCUCCGCCGCAGCCUCCGCCGCAGCCUCCGCCGCAGCAGCCGCCGCAGCCGCAGCGGCCGCAGCAACCAGCGCAGCCUCCACAGCAGAGGCCAUCACAGCCUCCGCAACGGCAGACACCGCAGCCGCCGCAGCAGCCAGCGCAGCCUCCACAGCAGAGGCCAUCAGCCCCCACAGCAAAGAUCAUCACAGCCUCCGCAGCGGCAGACACCGCAGCCUCCGCAGCAGCAGCCGCCGCAGCUGCAGCAGCCACAGCAGCCAGCGCAGCCUCCACAACAGAGGCCAUCACAGCCUCCGCAGCAGCAGACGCCGUAGCCUCCGCAGCAGCAGCCGCCGCAGCCGCAGCAGCCACAGCAGCCAGUGCAGCCUCCACCGCAGAGGCCAUUACAGCCUUCGCAGCAGCAGCCGCAGCCCCCAGCCCGCCAGAGAGGGACCUCGCGUAUCCAGCGUCUGCGCCAGCAGCUCCUGCGUCGCCGCCAAAUACAAACAGCGGCAACAGUCCCUCUAAGUGA